ACUCAGCUUAUCGGCAUAUUGCAAGAUACGUACAAGAUAAGAUCAUCUGACAGAGAUGAACGCCUUGAAUGGCUAGGUGCUAUUUCAUAACUGGCGGUGGCGUAUAUCAGUAACCAACAACUCGUCUUGUUUCUUCUUCUUUCGAUCAAUUGAAUCGAAAUCAAUUAUUGAAUCAUUCCGCCGCCAUGGCUGUCCCAAUCAGCAACGUCGACCGAAUAGAUGAAAAAGAACUUGGGACCAAAAUAGAUGUGGCCGAUGUUCACUAUGAACCAUCUACUGCUGAGGAGGCCAACCUCGGAGAAGAGAUCGAUCACGCCUACCUCAAUGCUUCCAGGACCACUCGGUUCUACAGAGGAACCUUGUUCCAAAUGAUCCUCUUUGGAGCAUUAUCCUUCGUCGGUCCCGCAAUGUCUGACGCCAUUUCCAACUUGGGGGGUGGUGGUCUUUCCACAGCCUAUCUUGCCAACCUUGCUACGUGCCUCAACUACGCUGCGUCGUGCGCUAUCACUCUGGUCGGUGGUCCACUUAUCAAUAAAAUCGGAAUCAAAUGGUCGUGUAUUAUUGCGGGUGUCUCUUUUCCCCUUAGUGGUUCAGGUUAUUAUGUUCGAGCACGGUUCCAAGUUGACUGGUAUUUGAUUUUCGCGAAGACUGUUAGUGGUAUAACAAGUGGCUUCCUGUAUGUCGCCGAGACUACGGCUAUGUUAUCGUAUCCCCACCUGCACGAACGAGGCCUUUACCUUGGUAUCUGGUCUGCCAUGAGGAACUCUGGCAGUGUAAUUGGAGGUGCUAUCAAUUUUGCGACCAACUACAGCUCUUCCAGUGCCGGUGGCAUCUCUUGGUCCACCUACCUUAUUUUUGUCGGCUUUGAGGCAUCCGGUUUCAUCUUUGCCUUUCUUCUGAGCCCUACUAAGAAGGUUCGAAGGAGUGACGGGUCGCAUGUUCCUUAUUCUCGCGACAUGACUUGGAAGAAUGAAUUCUCCGCGUUAUACAAGCACGCUUUGAACAAGAGAACAUGGCUUGUGUUUAUGCCCGCUUUCUAUUCGUUCUUCUACGGUGGGGUUUAUGGGACUUACCUCACCAAUCACUUCUCUACCCGAGCUCGUGCGCUGUCGAGUCUCAUUGUCCCAUGUUGCACAAUCAUUAUGGUCACCAUCUAUGGGCGAUUACUCGACAAUAGACGUUGGAAACAGCGGACUAGGGCUUGGGUAGCUCUCGCCUUCUGGGCCGUCCCUCAGGCCGCUUGCCUUAUCUGGACCGGUGUCAUCUUCGGCAAGUAUGGCAACGCCACAACAGCUUUUGAUUAUAAUCUGAAUACUCGAGAGUGGGCUCAAGCAUACUUCCCUUACUUCUUCAUCUUUACUACUGGAUACUGGACCCAGCUGAGCAUCUAUUGGAUCCUCGGUACCUUCUCCGCGGACGUUAAAUCAUCAGCCCGUACCGGAGGUUUGUUCCGAUGUUUCGAAACCCUCGGUCAAGCCAUCGCAUACGGCAUCAACAGUCAUGUCGGCGACGCCAGAAUCCCAUUCUACGUUAUGUGCGCCCUUUGGGCGCUGGCUGUGCCUUCUAUGAUUGGCCUCAUUCGGCUGGUUCCCGAGGUUCCAGCUUGGAAUGAUGAUGUGGUGGACGGAAACGUUGAGCAGACGCUGAGAAAGACAGAGAACCUGGAGCUUUGAGUGCGGGUAUUUGAGAAGACCUUCGGGAAGUUGCAAAAACGGCCGUAACAGUUCUGCCUAAUAAUUUGUCGAAUAUUUUGUAGGAUUCAUAGGGUUGUAAGGUAUAUACCUAACUUUCGUCAAUAUCAUGUAGCAAGGAAUCAUUGCAUGAGAUGACAAGGGAUCAUUGUAAAUGUAUGGUCA